AGAGGAAGUGCUGCCUGAGAGGCUGAACUCAGGGCACACAAGACUACUGCAUUUCCUGAGCUAACAACACUCGCCUCGGCUUUGACAGAUAACCUAAACUCACCUUAAACGCGUACAGAGUAUUAGGUUAACGUUAACAAAUUGGGCAAAAUGCCUUUCGGAACAUACACAGUCCGUUGAUGCAGGUCGUUGUUUAUGUCAGUCAACAAGUGCCUCGGAUUACCCAGCUACUGGUUUGCUAAUUUAUCCUAGCUAGCUCACAAGCUAAGUCGUUAGCUAAGUUAUCUAGCAUUAGCCAGCUUUGUACGGUUGGCUAAUUAGCUACGUUUACUAACAGGUUGUAUGUGAGUGACAGCUCGGCUGCCUGUUAUUCCGGACAACACAACUGAAAAAGAAGAAAGGGGAUGGUGCAGCCCCAGCCCGAUGGCCCAAUGCAGUGGGACAUGUCGGGAGAGGAGAGUGGAGGGGCCCUCAGGGUCCCACCAGAGCUGGCUGCCAAUGAAGUGGUGACCAGGUUGCUGGGUGACAACCAGCAGCUUAGAGAGGCCUUGCGGCGGAGCAACCUAGCCCUGCGUCAGCGCUGUGAGGAGAUGGAGGGAUGGCAGCGGAGGACAAGAGAGGAACGAGAAUUUCUCAGCUGUCGUUUCCAGGAGGCCAGGGCCCUGGUGGAGAGGCUGGCCCAGGAGAACCACUCCUUACAGGGCUUGGUGAACGGACCGGUCUCCUCCUCUAACCACUGCUGCAGCUCCAGCCAGACUGAAGACCUGCAGGGGCGCCCAGCAAGGAACGGGCCGCUGGACGGACCACAGACUCUAGAUCAGCGGGAGAGGAAGAGAGUUGAAGAGACGGAUCAACACACACAGACCAUGCCGCCUCGCAGCCUGGGUGAUGCGAGUGUGCAUAGCUCCUUGGGUAGUGCCCUCCCCUCUCCCCCCACCUCACUUUCAGGGAUAUGGGGGGAGAAAAUGGACAGGGAAAAUGGCGAGCCUGUGGAAGGUGCAAACGAGUUCCUCCAGUUGCUGAAGAGCCACAAAGAAAAGCUGGAGGAAGGUAUGAGAGAGCUGAGGAGAAAGAAUGAAGAGCUGGAGAAGGAGAGGGAGGAGUGCGACAACGAGAGAGAGCGAAUGCGGCGCUGCAUUGACCAGCUGCAGGCCAAACUGGCCCAGGCACAGGCAAGCAGUGUUACUGAGGAGGUUGUUCAACAUCGCUCUGAGGCACAGCACUCCUCUGACUGCUCUAGCCUGGCUAAACUCACAGAGCAGCUUCAGGCCACACAGGGCAGGUAUCGUGAGUUGGAGGAGAAGCUUGAUUACCUGCAGAAGAGUUCAGCUCAGCGGGACAGAACUGAAGCUCUGCUCAAACAGAAGGACAAGGAUUGUGCCCAGCUGGCCAAGGACUGUGAGGCUCUGAAAGCUCAAGCAACUUCCCUAUUAGGAGAACUGAAUGAGAGACAGAGCUGCCUGGAGAAAAGCGAACAAGAACGCAAAAUGUUGGAAGAAAAGCUGUGCAGUACGAUGAAGGCCCUGCAGGUGGCAGAGCGGGAGCAGGAGCAGCAGAGGAAGCAGCAUCAUGUGGCCAUGGACAAGCUGCUGCUGCAGACCCAGAGCCUGGAGCAGGCCCUGAAGACAGAGAGACAUGUCGUCACAGAGGAGAAGAAAAAACUGACACAGCUGCAGCACGCCUACACAUGUCUUUUUAGAGACUAUGAUUCUAAACUGAAGAGUGAGGUAAAAACACAUGGAGGAGACCUGUGCAGCCGACUAGAGGAUGCAGAGAGAGCGCUGGCCCUGAAGCAGGACCUGAUUGAUAAACUGAAGGAGGAGGUGGAGCAACAGAAAGGCUCACUGGAGACUAUUCCUGUCCUCACUGCACAGGCUGAGAUCUACAAGGCAGAUUUCCUAGCGGAGCGAGAAGCGAGAGAGAAGCUGAACCAGAAGAAGGAGGAGCUGCAGGAUAAGCUGACUCAGGCCAUGGCUGAUAUUGACAGGCUCAAACAGGAAGCCACAUCACGUGCACGUAUGGAGCAAAUGAAGCUGAGACACCUGGAAGACUUUCCACCACGGGCCCCACACAUUCCCCCUCCACAAGGUGUGUUCCCCGGUGCAGCUUUCAACACGGUGCCCCCUGCCCCCUCGUUCCGCAAUCAGGGUUUAGUACCAGUCGGUGAUCAAGGGGCAACUGGAGCUGAGGAGCUGCCAGAUUUAUGUUGUCCUAAGUGCCAGUACCAGGCUCCAGAUAUGGACACGCUGCAGAUACAUGUCAUGGACUGUAUACAGUAACAUGAGCAUAGUUCAGCACACCAUGACCCCAACACACACAUACAGAUAUAUAUACAAUAUAUUUACGUUUUAGGCGUUCAGCGUGUCUGGUCCCAGCUCCGGGCAAAGCCUGGAAAAACAUGUUUGGUAGUUACACCUUACUCUCUCGACCUUGCAAACACGCAUACGCAAACCUGAAAACAUUCUGUGGAUCUUACCAUUUAAAAGAAAAUAAUAAAAAAUCAAAUAUGUUGGAAUCCAGACAAGUGGCAAUCAGAUGACAAGUGAAAGAAAAGAACAACAGCAAGAUAAUCAGCAUGGUAUUUUCCUAGAACUGCUCCUUGGACUCAAAUUCUGCUGUAGCUUUCCCAUCCUUUUGUCGCCAUUCUUUUUGUCUCCCAGCACCUGCUCUUUUAUUUCCCCUCUUCCCUCUCCCCAUGCCUUGCCUCUGAGAUGGCACGCUGAUGCACAUCUCCAUCAGUAUUUGUACAUCAUCCCUGAUCUCUUGCCUCAGUCCCAUUUCUCGUCCCUCUUCGCUCCAGUGGCGUUGUGGCAACUGAGGAGGUAACCACAAACUGUGGAGCAAGUGUGUAUACUUUGACUGCAUCAUCCAUGCUAUAUACACAUCAGUAAUCAUUGGGCCUGAGCUGAAAAACGUGACUAUUUAGAGGGGUACUUUUCCUCUCAAAGGAGGAAACACAUCACAAUGUGAAUAACCUAGUGAGCUUUAAAUCAUAUAGAAUAUUCAAAUAUGUUUUGGUUAUAAAUGUUGCUGGCUGCAUUACCUCAAAACAUGUAUUAUUAUGUAUUAGAGAUGGAUUUACUCUUAUUGAAAAAAGUAGCCAUUCUCUGUGUUCUGUGCCUGUGUACAUCUUUGACUACCACUGCUUUAUCUCUGAUGCUAGACCUGACCCUUAACCCACACAGCCCCUUUUUGUGCCCCUUAUUCUGUCUUAUCUUCACCUGUGGCACCUAGCUAUUUAUCUGUCUUAAGGUAAGCACAUUGACGGCUCUUCACAGUUUGUGUGCAUAUUGUCUGUGAUUAUAGAUCAUUUGAUGCAAAGAAUAUUGUUUAAAACUGUUGAAGAUUUAACAAAUAAACCAGUUAUUCAUUA